GCCAGCACAAAAUGGCGAACCGGAAACAUUAAAUGAGUGAUCGUAAAAAUAAACAAAUGAUGAGGUUUUUGAAGAGCUUUCAUUUAUACUAAUUGUUGACAUGAUGAAGUACAGAGACUUUCUUGUGGAGAAAGGUCCCUGACCCUACUUAUAUGAUGCUGUUUCAGCCAUUUCUUGUGGUUGUCUUGAGCGGGAUAGCUGUCGACUCCACCCCAUUCCGAUUCAAACAUGCCAUAUCCCACCCACCUGUAACGACCGCUGGAGAGAACCCAGCAGGUGAAGAGCUGGGAGACAAGGGAGAUAAUUAUGACCCCAACAAGGAGUGGUUCCAAUAUUCAAAGGGGUUGUGUCCCUUGGGUCAGGUUCCUCAGAGAAAUGAUACAGUCUGCUGUUUGCCCACGGCUUGUCCUCCUAAUAAAUCGGUAACGGCCUGCCACGUAAAUGGAACAGAAGAUACAUGCGUCGUCUGCCAGCAAGGUUACAUUCAACCAAACAACAUUUCUUCCCUCAAUAUGUCCAAUGCUGCCUGCUUUUUGAAGACGAGGAAACAUGACAUGUGUCCUAUCGAGGAGUUUAAGAUGGCCGCAACUGGUAAAUACUCAGUUCACCUACCGUACCCUUGCGAGUGCAACACAUUGGAUUGUAGAUGGCCUCGGCCUCAAAGUCAACAAGUGGCGACCUGCAGGAUUGUUGACCCCUGCGAGCCCGGCUUCACUCUAAAACCGUAUACAGGAGUUUGUGAGCAGUGUCGAUGGUUUGAGCACAAGCUGGAGUCUGGCUGUCAUCCCUGCGCCAUUAACAUCACACUGCUUAGACAAGGUCAUCCAGACAACAGUACCAUUCCACCAACAUCUACGACACCUAAGCCAGAAACAACACCUACGACACCUAAGCCGGAAACAACCACCGAAUUGGUUACAACGCAGGAAACUGAAGAGCCGAAAGAUGAUCCCAAGACAUUAAUAACGACAGUGCUAAUUUCUUGUGUAGGAGGACUACUACUGAUUGUGAUAUUAAUUGGCUGUGUGGUGAUUUGUUUCAUUAAACAUAGAAGACCAGGCAGUGGAGGUAAGUGGCUCUGGAGAAUAUGUGACAACACAGACUCCAAUGAUUCUUUGUUGCCUAGCAACCCUUCUUCCCCGGUUACCCCAACCACUACAACAUAUCCAUUUACACAUCUGAUUUCUACGAGUGAACCUUUAAGUAAUGGAACAAAUGGUUAUCUCCCGAAUGGCGUGCAAUUAUUUUCAAAUGGUGUGCUAUAUAGUGGCCACCUGCCUUCUGUAUUGGUUAGCGUGAAUGGAACAUUGCCAAAUGGCAAUGCAAAUGUUAACUCUCAAGUUAUAAGGGAUGGGAAUGGCAAUGUUAAUUCUUACAUUGUCAAUAGUGAAGGUCAAGUACUGUUGAAGGGUGGUGAUGACAAAGAUUUUGUGAGCGAAUCUGACGGAAACCGACCCAGAAAUUUGGAGAUUGGAAAUGGCCACAUACCUACUGGUAGAGGAACAGCUAAUGGGAUAUGUCGGUUGUAUAAUGGGACUGGUGUCUCUAAAGAUGGGAACAUAGUGUCAGAUCUUCAAGAACUUGGCGUUACUCCAAGGAAUGCCACUGAUGACAGCGCAGGUGAAUUUGCUGAAGUCCUGACCGAUGAAACUAGGGCAAAUAUUGCCAAUGUUCAACAUCUCAGAGCACCAGGAGAUGGUGUUAAACCUACAAAAGAUUCCAAUAAGGAAAAUAGUAUAAAUUCUGUGAAUUCGGAAAUGCAGCAUUAUAUGGAUCACCUUAAUGCUACUGAGGCUAGUGGAGAAAAAGUAAAUGAUAUGAGUAAGGAACAGUUAAACACCAGCAUUUUAAGACAAGCAAUGGAGAAAGGUGAUUUGGAUGUGUCCCUAAUACAUUCUCCAGACAAUGAUAAGGAUCAUUCAGAUGCUGAACGGACAUAUAUAUGUAUGGACUCUGAGGCUGGUAGGAAGGCAGUUAUUGGGAAAUAUGGGGAUCUUGAUACUCAAUCUGGUGUUAAAGGUGGUUCAAAGCUGAAAGACUCUGUUAGUGGUAGUGGAAAUAAGUCACACGUUAAAGCUGUUAGUGUUAGUGGAAAUAAGUCAGAUGUUAAAGCUGAAGCUGUAGGUUUGAGAGAAUUUGCUAGUUCUGGUAUGAUAAAACAAGAAUCUGCAGAUGACAGGAACGUCACAUUCAAAGAUGCUAAACCAGACAUCGGCAAAAGAGAAACAAGACAAAAAACAAAUGGUGGUAUUGUAUUCAAUAAAUGUAAGAUUAAUUGUACCACCUUAAUCAUAAAUAAUGGAACUGGUAAUGGCCAACCAGAUGUUGAAUUUGAUGACUCUGAAGAAAGUGAUGGUAGCUCGGCAAGUGACCCAGAUAGUUCUGAUGGUGACUCUUUAAAUGAAGAAAGAAAGGCAAAAAUUUCUGAAAAACAGAAUGACAUAAAUGCAUCUGAAAAAAUGCUUAACAUUAAACCAAGACCAGAAUUAUCUAAAUCUGAUAGUGAAAACAGUGAAAACGAUGAAAAUGGCAAAACGAAUAAAUUUUAUGAUACUGGAGAAAAUAAUUACACUGAUACAAAAAAUGACAAGUUUGACGAAAGUGUGUAUAAAGGUGAAUUAAAGGUUAAGUUGCCAAAAGAAUCAACAAACAAUGACGAUCAAGAAACACCAGUUACAGAUUCAUUCGAGGAAACUCAGCCCAUGACACUGGUUAAUCCUCAGCCCCCAACACUUAAGUACCUGCCUAGCAUGAACAGAAAAGAUACAGCUAGACCCAUUGGAGUUGUUUCUCCAAUCCAAGCACCUGUACAAGGUCAUCCUCUACGUCCCGAAAAUUCGUUCAGUGAAGGCCAACCAUCCUCCAUGAUUUAUGGAGUUGCUCACUUUAGUGAACAAUCAGAUAUUGCUGAUGGUAGGCAGUUAGACUCUUUAGUUCAUAGCAAUAGACUUCCUCGUAACCAUAGCAACCGUGUUGAAUCUGGAAUACACUCUCCUGACAAUCAUCAGGCUGUUAGUGGUGGGAACUCUUCAGUGAGGUCUAGUGGAGGUACGAAUACUCCUUCCCACCUCCGAAUGGAUGAGCUGAAGAGUUAUCCAUUGGAGGGUGAAUCAAAUAGUGGUGAUAUGAAUGGUGAUAGUUUGUUACCUGAAUCUUCCCUUGAAGUAAAUUAUAAUGUGGUGACAGACAGUGGAUUAGGGGAUGAUGUAGCAGGUAGAAACAAUGAACAAUCCAAUAGCUUGGACAGGAAUGUGCCAAAUGUUCUGGAAAGGCAAGAACCAGAGGGUAUGUCCUUUACUGGGGAAAGUGACCAUACCAGAAGAAAUUUGGUGGAUGAUUCAGAUAUGAAUCAGACUAGGGUAAAAGAGGUUUACUCAGAUUGAUGGAAGGACAUAUUCUGGGAGUAGAUGAGAUAGGUUUUAUUAUUAUUGAUUGUUAUUAUUGAGUGACACUUUGAGGAAAUAAUAUCAUUUCACAUCCUGUGGUUUAAAGCUACACUUUCACAGAUGGAACGUUUUGACAACUUCAUUAUUUUUUGUAUUGAAACGAGCCAAUUUUUGCGAAAAUCCAUGGAAAUCAGUUAAACAAGACUGCUGACCAAAAAUUAGAUCGCAGAUUUUAAUAUUUAAGUUCAAAAAUUGAUGUUUUAUGCAUUUUUCUUAAACUGUUAGUAAUGGUUUAAGCCAUAAAACAUUAUUUUUCUAACGUGAGUUUAUCGCAAAACAAUUUGCUUCUUCUUGGAUGUUAGCUUGUUUCAUUGUAAAAUUUGAAUACAUAGAAUGCUGGGAAGAAAAAUUUAUGAUGUCAUUUCGUGUAUGAAGUCAUGUUAUUAUGGCAAAUACAUGUAUAUGGCCCAAUUUUCUGAAUAUAUAUAUUUUUUUCUAUGGAUUAUAAGCAUGGAAUGAGAUAGAAAGUUUGUUUCAGUGUAAGAUUGCAAUAGUUUUCACCUCAUAGAUACCAAACAUAAAUAUUUCACUUUUGACAUAAAUACAUAAAGAUUUCACCUUUGACAUAAAUAUUUCACCUUUCACCUUUGACAUAAAUAUUUCACUUUUGACAUGAAUACAUAAAGAUUUCACCUUUGACAUAAAUAUUUCACCUUUCACCUUUGACAUGAUAUUUCACCUUUGACAUAAAUACCUUUGGCUACGCUGCUCAUUGAAAUAAUUUUUGGUGCUCACUAUGUCAAAAAUAUUGCUUUCUUAAAUAGAAACGAAAAGUUAUCCUCUAUAUGUGAAAACAUAUAGAUUUUAAAGCAUUAUGCUAUUGUCAAAGAUGAAGUUGAAUUGUUAGGUACCAACUGUUUAGUGUUAAGUUUAAGACCAACCAUAUUUCCAUGAUUAUGCUUAUGCGCCUUUUAGUAGGGCAAAAAGUACAGUAUUCUUGUAAUUGUUAUGCCUAAUUGUUAAAAUUUGUAACAUUUGAAAUACAAAAUAUUUUUACAAUAUUCUGAAAUUUUUUUAUGGAUUUAUGGACUGUUUUUAGAAAGAUAUUUUUCAUGGAUUUAUUUCAUAUAACAUAUAUUUGUUGUUUCGCUAAAUCUUCUUCCAUACGGAACCAUAUUUAUUUUUUCUCCCUUUUGUAUAGGUUUUUGUUAAAUGCAUUUACACCUAUGUACAAUGGAUUCAGUUGAUUUUUUACCAUAAAACGAUGCAAUUGUCAUAAUGCCUACAUAACUUUUAUGUAAUAUUUUUUUUAUUGUCAGUUUUCGUGUCAACCUGCAUGGCAGACACAGGAAUUGCUUUGUCCAUCGUUGUAAUUCUUUGUCCAUAUUAAGUGUCAUAUGCUUUGAUUUUAAAUGGAAUUUUCGCUUGUCUGUUUUUCGGAAAAAAGGGGUUUGAGGUAUUAUGUCAUUAGCUUCGUGUCAUUGUCAUCAGUUGCAUGCAAAUACUUUCAAGAUAUUCAAAUGAAACUUGGUAAGAAAAUUCCCAGAGACGAUACACACAUAUACAGCAAGGCCCAUUACUCUGGCUUCAAUAAAUGUUCAGUGAUACCAUUUUUUGAAUGCAAAAAACAGCAAGAAUGGAUGAGUGUUUGCCUUAAAAAGUCCUUUCUCAUGUACAAUUUUUAUUUUUAGCUCUACUGGCCAAAGGCCAGAAGAGCUUAUGCGAUGGUAAUGUGUAUGUAGUAUGUGCGUCUGUAAACAACCUUUAGUUUUGAUUGUAUAUCGAUGAAACUUGUACAGUAUCUACAUAUCCAUUAGAGAUUGGUUCCUUUCGAAAACCAGCCAGAUCCGCCCAUGCAUGCCUAGAUUAUGGGCCUUGAUAGUAUGGAGAGUGCAAUAUGUUCGCUUUCUAGAUGAAAGAAAGAUUUUUUACAUUUUAUUCAGAUUUUGAUUUAUUUCUUAAAUUGUCAAUUUAGUGUUUCUUCUAGGCCUAUUAAACAAGACAUCGCAAAGUGCUGUCCUUAAGACUCCCUGAAAUGUGGCUUGCUGCCCAAUCUAAAAUUCCCAAUUAGAAUAAAAAAAAGUCUAUGAAGUUAUGAAGUUUUAAGGGUAUAUAAGGUUUAAGCUAGAGGGUCAACUGAGGGUGCUGCACCCUGUCCCUUUGGAAAAAACCCUUUUGCCCUUAUGAAGACCAGAACGUGCACCCUCCUGCCCUAAAUGAAUUAAAUGCUUUAAUAAAACAAUGAAAUAUUUCUUUUGUUUUGAUUAAAACUUGAAAUAUGAUUAUGAAUUCAAACAAACUUAACCUUUUUAGUACUUGAAACCUAAUAUUACGUCAAAUAAGCACAAUUUCUAAAAUUUUCUAUGAAAUUCAUAUUGCUUUAAUUAUUCGCUGCCGGAUAUAAUGUGCCCUUUUGUCCCGCAACACAGCAACCUUGCCUUUUUUAAAACCUGACUAAAUCCCUAGUGUAGGUCACCCCCCCCCCCCAAAAAAAAAUAAAAUAAAAUGAAUAAAAAAUAACUGAGUCCUAUGCAUUACUAACAGAUGUCAGGUUAAACUUUGUAUUUAUUUAGAUGACAUGUCAGAUAUAUCAGAUGUGUGAGGGUACUUUUACCAAUUUUAAGGAAAACUAAACUGUGACGCCUAAAAGUAAUGCCCUUUUUAAACAGAGGUACCUUGCCAGACCUGGAAGAAACACUACAGUUUAAGAAUGAUCAAAUUUGAAAUUUUAAAAAGUAUUUUGAUUGUCUAAAUGUAUACAUAUAUGUUUAAUAAUGUUGAUAAAACAGUAUGAACCAGAAUGUUUUAAUAAUUGUAUAUAUGUAUAUACAUCUCUGAUAUAAAUGUGAUAUUAUUUUACAAACUUUAAGUCUGAAAAUAUCAUAAAUAUGCAGAACUUUAUGAUAUAUGUCGUGUGUCAAUGUCAUUAAAUCUUGAUUAUAAUAUGCAAUGACAUCAUUUUGAAAGUGCUGGAAUUUGCCUCAUGUACAAAGUCAUUUAAGUGUUACUCUGUAAGCUGUCUUUUUUAGUUCUUUAUGUUUUUAACAGGUUUCAUGUCUUCUAUGUACUGCUUAAUGUAAUACGAUUAUUUCAUAUCGGUCUGGUUAAAUAUGAUAAUAAAUCGACUGGCUGAGGCGAUAAUCGAACAAAGGGCAUGGCCCAUCAUUCAUAUCAUUUCAUGAGGUCAAUCAAUCAUCUUGCUGCUUGAAAAGUGGCUGGCUGAAAACUGAAAUCAUAAAAAUUGUGUAGUAUUAUUGAGUAAUAUUGGUUCCACAAUUCUGAUAGGAAUUAACUAUGCUGCUUGAUCUGUGAUAAAUUCAGGUAUUGACUCUUUGGCACAGCUUAUGAGUGAAUGAACUCAAAUGAUUUUUUAAUUGCGGUGAAUUUUGUCAAAUCAGAUAAAACAAAUUGGGUUGGCAAGUAUUUGCUUGUAACUAAAUUAAAAACUGUGAAUAUGAUCGAAUUAAAUGCUUUGAUUUCUGAAUGCACGUUAAAGAUUGCAUGAAUUGUGUUCUCUUCAUUAGGGUUAGUUGAUGGUUGUACAAUAAUAAGUAUAUUUUAUGUGUUUCCAGUAUGGAUUGGAAAAUCCUACCGAAAGCAUGCAUGGAAGCUGGAAACGAGGCUUAUAAAUUUUGAAUGUUUGAAACCCAACGUUAUUAACUGCCGUAAUGAUGAACAAUGAUUUAACAUCACCGUACAUGUUAAAAAGUUUCAAAGAAAAUUGUGGAACCAAUAUUAAUCAAUUAUAUCAUUUGUUGUCAUUUGAUUAUACAUGUAUCGAGUCGUUUAUGUUUCUGAUGUUGUUUUAACAAUAUGCAACAGAAUUUUAGGUAUAUCAUGUUCUCAUGAUAAUGCUUGAAUAGUUUUCAUUCAUUUUCAUUUUAAGCUGUGCUAAAGAAUUGUAAUAAAUAUUAUUAAACAUA